CUUCAGCAUUGUCCACCAGGAAAUCAGCUUCAAGGCUGGCUUUGCAGUGGCGUUUUACUGAUUGAAAACAACUUUCACUCACGAAUCUGGCAAGAGUGCCUUGCUGUCCCAUAACGAGGACUGCUGCUCAUCGCAGCUUGGGAGGCUUCCUACUCGCCCCUCCAACACGCACACUCGCUGCGAUACCCUCGUCCCUGCCCACUUUCCCACCAAAGUUUUGCCUCAGGAAUUCUUCAAGAUGGCAAGCCCACCUGAUCAGGCCUCUUAUUCCGUUCAGGAUACAGACACCCACCAGCAGCAUUUUCGCAGCCAAAAUCGUCACCACGACCGACCACAUCACGCAGCACAGCAGCCAUCUCACAAUCCAAAUCAGCCAAUGAACUACAUGCCUUCUGUACGAGCAGCUUCAGAGAAGAAGUUGGGUCUUCUUCAUUUCAGCUCCCCUCAGAACCAUGGCUGGCACGGUGACGUGCGCAAGCGAUUCACAGACUUUCUCGUGAAUGAGAUCCAGAAGAAUGGCGAGGUUCUCCAUCUCACAGAUUACAACCUGGGUCCCAGACCUACUGACGCAGACGUUCACAUUCCUGGACAGCCUCACCAGAAUGCUCAAAAUGGUACCUGUUCGGCCCCCGCAACGGAAGCACAGGCCUUUCCCAGUGGUGCUGUGUCAGUCCAGGUCAGCGAUGAGGACGUUAAAGUUCUCUGUGAUCUCUUGGGUGAGCCUACCACACAGGCACUAAAGAACCUUUUCGAACGAAUCGGGGCGUCUGGAAAUAGCAGACUUGACCCACGAGCAAACUCGGUCAAGUUUCCUCCCAUGGAGCGAUCGCAACGAGGAAAAGUUCAUCAAGAAAUUCGCCGCAUCUUCCAAUCCAAAAUAGACACGGAGACUGGAACCGAUGGGAUAAUCACUGCGAUUCCGUCCAAUCGUUUCACUAAGAACCCUCGUGCUGGUGGCCAGCGCCACCGCUCUACCCAGCCCUCGUUCAAGAAGAUGGGGGGCGAGUAUCUUCAUUUCACCCUGUACAAGGAGAAUAAAGAUACCAUGGAUGCAAUCAACCAGAUUGCCCGUAUGCUCAAGAUCAAGGCGAACAACUUUGGCUUCGCUGGCACCAAGGACAGGCGUGCAGCUACAGUCCAGCGCAUCAGCGCCUUCCAUGCCAAGCACCAAACCUUGGAUUUCCUCAACAGCCAGAUCCCCGCCAUCAAGUUGGGCGACUACAAGUACAGCAAGUACCCGAUACAGCUUGGAGACCACGGUGGUAAUGAGUUCAAAAUCACUGUCAAAAAUGUCUCUGUCAGCCGUGGUCAAGGCUGCUCGCUUAAGCGCCGAGUCCAAAUGGUCACCCAGGCUGUCGAGUCGGCCGUUUCAGAAAUGACCAAAUACGGCUUUAUCAACUACUUUGGUCUCCAGAGAUUCGGCACCCACUUCGUCGGGACGCACGAGCUCGGCAAGAUGUUGCUGAUGGAAGACUACGAAGCCGUUAUUGACGGAAUCCUCCACGUCGACCCGGAUUACAUGAGCAAAGUAAUGUCUGGCUCCGUCGAAGAGACUCCGGCGAACCGAGACGAGAUCAACCGCGUCCGCGCCAUCAUUCAGUGGAAGACUGCCAGAAACGCGAAGGCCGCGCUUCAGUAUAUGCCGAAACGUUUUGGCUCCGAGAUGAACGUCAUCAGCCAUCUUGCUAAGAAUCCGCGUGAUCCUCAAGGUGCGAUUCUAUCCAUCACACGCGGCAUGCGGAACUUGUACCUCCAUGCCUACCAAUCGUACGUCUGGAACCAUGCUGUCUCCCAUCGUUGGGCCAAGUAUGGAUCCAAGGUCAUUCCUGGGGACCUGAUUUUAGUCAACUCCGCAAAGACCGCUGCGGAUAUUGUCGACGACGAGGUCGAUGCAGCCGCGGCUGACGAGCCUCAGUUUCAGAGAGCCCGGCACCUGAGCGAGGUCGAGGUCCAGAGUGGCAAGUUCACCGUCUUUGAUCUUGUGCUGCCAGUCCCUGGUUACGACGUGAUCUACCCAGACAACGAUAUCGGCGAAUUCUAUGUUGAGUUCAUGUCGAGGCCAGAGAAUGGUCGACUGAAUCCCCACCAGAUGCGCCGAUCGAAGAAGGACUUCAGCCUUAGCGGGGCUUACCGUCAUAUCGUCGGCAGAUUCAUUGGAGAGCCAAAGUGGGAAGUUCGCACCUACACGGAUGAUAAUGAGCAGAUGCGGCCGACAGAUGCCAACCUCAUCGAGCAGCGCAAGGCCGAGCUCAAGGCGAAAGAGAUUGCCAAAGACCCAGAGAUGGUGGCCGCCGCUGUCGGUUGGAACAACUUCGCAGCAGACCCUGCUGCCCACGAUGAUAAAAUCGACGCAGAGCGUCGUCGCCAGAUGAAGGAGAAACCCGAGGUUGAGCCUCGUGUCAACGAAACCUGGAUCCAGCGGUCCGAGGAUGGUAGCCUCAAGAGAAUUAAGACUAGACAUGAGGCUUCUUCUCUGGAGUCGCAGUCCAAUGUGGCUACCGGACCCACGGCUACCAAGGUAGCCGCACCACUCCACGGCGAUGCCGUGGAGGGUGAGAGUCUACAGCCCGUGCGGAUUCUGGCGCCUACGCGGCAGCCAAGUGUCCCCGAGUCUGGCAAUGCGGGUUUCGCAGCCAAACCAAGAACGCUUAGCCACGAGCUUCCAGCACCAUCUUGCCAGGCUGAAGCGCCCACUCCUGAGGCACUGGCCCAUCAAAACGCAAUCGCGAUGGAGACGCUCAACAAACACCUGCAGGAUCCUAUUUUGACAAAGCCCUCGACGAGCAUGGCAACAGAGGAAGCCGAGACUGCCCUUGCUGCAAGUCGUCCUAGCAGCAGCGGGACCGAGAAAGGUGCCAGCACUCAGGUAGCCCCUGCCGGGAAGGAACCGACGCCCACCACAGGCCAGCCAAGAGCAGAGUGGUUCAAGAAGAGAAAUGACGACCGUCUGACCAAAGAGGCCGUUGAGUCUUUCACCCAGAGAGACCUUUCUUCAGUGGACGAGGCUACGGUCAAGAUCGCGGUCGUGCUCGAGUUCAGCCUCAACGCAAGCGCCUACGCCACAGUCGUUCUGAGAGAGCUCAUGGCCGAGGUGGAGCCAGAGAAGGAGGGCAGUCCUGUCAGCCCGUCCUAAAAAGCCCACUCGCAAUGUCCGCGCGCACUUCAAGUGCUUAAAUGCGCCGAAACCAUGGCUGUCUUUGCCACCGUCUCUUCACGCAACUAAUUGCGAUGGCUUGAUGGGACACCACGCCCACCAGAACAUCUCAUGCUGCUACUACUGCCUUUGCAACGAUGCACCGAAUGGCUGUGAACCUGAUGAAAAGUGCUGGAUGGAUGAGGAAAUAUUGUAUUACGGAGCACGCUGCGUGCCAUUUGACGCAGCAACUACGGCCGGAAUUGGCCACCCUCGCAAAAGAUCUGACCGGAACCUGUGGUCCUGUGGGCCCGCCUGUGUGCACAUCAUCUGGGCUGCGCUCACAGAUUUGGUUUGAUCUGUACGCUCUGCUUCUGACUCGGGGCUCGAAGUGGACUCUGCGGCAUUUCGCAAAUGGGGGGUUCCCAUUGGCCGCUGGCGUGAUUCGUCUCGAACCCGGUUCGCCUUCUAAAUAAUCCUGCCUUGCGCAGGACAAAGGGCCACAAUAUGGGGAGAUGCCCUCCUUUCAAAUGCUUGGAAAAGUUUUACUCUGGGGACGUUGUGUACGUUGAGGAUAGAUGUGGGCCAUUUCGAGUCGCCCAGGUACAAUGCGGAAAUGUGGUUUGGCUUGGUGGGCGGGCGCGGCCCUGUUGUCCCAUGUCAGUGUUUUGAGUAAAUACCCAUGAAUGUGGUUUGUUUAACUAGAUACCCGCAAAAGCAAUGGUUGAACGAAAAGGGUGGUGGUCAUGAGCAAAGGACAGGCAUCAACAUGUGGCUAGAAUCACUAGAGCCACUGGCUUCACUCGGCUUUCUUUCAACGCAGAGUGACUUACACUUAGAUCGAUGAAACCGAGCCAGCAUUCACGUAUUGAUGUCGCAUCAAGGGGCAGUGGCAGAUUUGAGAACAUCCCUUUCCAUUUC